GAUACCCUGCAGCAUUCAGCCUGUGCUUGUUGUUACCACAACAGAAGCAGAAGAUGCGUUGGUGGACAUCAGAGGCAGCAGCACAGACCCUCAGAGGACUGAGCCUCCCUGACGAGGAGCCGUCCUGCAACUACAAGCACUGAUAAAUAAAUCAUGAGGAAAGUUUUAAGAAAAAGAAAUAGAACAGAGGAUGUGCUGCUCCAUUCAGACCGCCUGAAGACAGAAUUCUAGAUAUGGAUGGCAUAAAAUAGCAAGAAUGAUUAAAGCAGAUUUUUGCCCACUCUAUUUCAUGUGAUAUUAAAAGCAACAUUAAACAUUCAUAAACCACAGUAUUGGCAAGGGUUCCUUGAAUUUUCAUUUGGGAACUUGAAGAUAAUGUUUUAUUAGAUUGUGAAAAUUAAUCAAGUCCGCUGUCAAUUUUUUUCUUUUUAGAAAUGCAAAAAUUCUCUGACAGUGUCCCGCUGAGAUGGUUGUUAGAAUAUGUUGUAAAGAAAAUAAGUAGUUAAACAUUUAAUAACUUUCAUAAAACAGGUCCAUUAUUAUGUUGCCUUGCUCUUUGUUUCCCCUUGUUGGGUGUGAAAUUGUAGAGUGAUGAAAAAUAACUCUUGUUAUGGUGCUUCUGUUUCCCUCCACCACAGGGGGAAACAUAAUACAAAAUACUCAGAAAAUCUUAUAUUCAUUUGAGCAAGGCUUCAUGUGGAGGCAGAGGGCACAGAGUGACUCAAAGAUAAACAAAUUAAAACAGAAGCAAAAAAAUGUCCAAACUGUAAUUUCAGUGGAGGUGUCAAACUCAACCAGUGCGGUGAUCUUUUUUUCAUCAUGAUUUCACAAAGCUCCACAGAGAGAAGAAGAGAGGGAGGCUUCGAAUACUUGUGUAUUGUGCAGGUUUGUCAGUCUCACAUGGUCGGCCAGGUCUGUGCGCUAGCCAGGGUUUCCCCCGCUGUCUACAAUUUACACAAUGAGGUCAUCGUUAGGGUUUAAGCCCAACACGAGCUUAAUCUGGGAGAUAAGGGCAGGAUUUGGAUUUAGCACUCAAAAAGGGUCAUGUAGCUACAACCGGUUAGACUGCCACAGUAAGUACACAGCUCAGACAUGGGAUCCCCAGCUGUUCCACAAUCACAUCUUCCUCUGUGUCUGCCAAAUAGUUUGACUCUUGGAAGAUUCUCCUAUAUGUUUACAAUGAUUUCAUGAUCUCCCAGUUGGCCUGUUGAGUUACACUAGCAUCCAUUCAAGCAGGAUUUCUUAUCUGAUUUAUUGUGUGAGCUGUGUGAUUUGGGAAAAGUGAGUAAGUCCCAGUUUCUUAUGUACUGUACGAAUGGUUGUUCAGUUUGAUGUGUUUAAGGGCACCAUUUGUGUCUUAAAAGCCGGGGAACGAAGGCAAUAUUGUUUAUUUAAUUACAUAAAGUUCUGAAAAUCGAAUUGUGAUUUUUUUGUAGCACGUUUUGUAUGAAAAUACAGUUUAAGCAGCAUUCUGAAUCUGGUUUAUUUGACUUUGUGGUGUCUUGUAAGCCUGCGUAUGCAUGGUUUUAUAAAUUACACAAUAUUAAAGACUUAAUUUAUUCAUGUAUGAUGGCAGGAAUGCCAGGCCUUGGAAAUAACAUCUUGAUUAAUGAGGAACCCUUGAAGAUGAGAACUUGGUGGUAUUUGCAAACACGAAAUGAGAUUUGCAAUGAAAGAUGACAGUUGUUCAAAUGAGUGUGAUGUUUUAUUUCAUUCAGGUUAAUUAAAGGCGCUGAGGGAAACAAAUCACGCCUGGGGAAAGUCCCAUUUAGGUUCCGAGCUGUCCCACUCUCCCUACCGCAGAUAAAUGGGUCAGUAGAGAUUAGAGAAGAUAAUAAUAAAAAACGACCUGCCUUCAUGUCCCCUCUGUGGCAGACUGGGUUUUGCGCACAGAUUAUACACCAAUUACACUCGAUACAGACGGCGUUAAUAGGGUUUGAAGGGAUUUACACGGUGCUGUCCAGUCAAAUGCUGCAUGCUUUGGGAAUGACAUCAUUUUGAUCACCUCACUCAUCGGCUGACCCCUGCGUCUCACGCUCAUAAACCCGUUUACCUGCCGUUGUCCCGUCCUGUCUCACAGGACUGAGCUCGUCACGGCACAUUUGUCCUCUGAUAGGAGGACACCGACACUGCAACCCUCCCUCAUCCUCCUCUCCUCCACGGUCGUGUUUACGAGUAUAGGUGAGAUAGACCGUAUAAAUUCCCGAGUGUGCGCAGAUCGCAUCAUCAGAGGAGAAUGAAAAAAAAAUGAGGAGGAGGUGAAGGAGCAGGAAAACAAGCGAACCGAGGGAGCGUAUAGCUGUAGCUGUGUUUACUGCUCGCUGAGAUAAACCAAAGAGAAGACGCGGACUUCCAGUCAUCCAGGGCGGAUAAACCUCGUUGGAUGCAGAGAGGAGGAAGAGGAGGAGUGAGCGUGGAUGCUGAUUACACCGACAAAACCCAGAACGGGAGAAUUAUCAGGCGGUUGUUGGAAUCCUAAACUACAACGUGGAAUAAGCAGUCACCAGCGAUGGACUUCAGCUGUCGGCAGUGAGUUCUCUAGUUUUUCUGGCAACCAAAGGCCCUCAUGGCGCUUAUUCAUGAAUCACGUGCCCCCUCGCCUUCUCUCUCCGGCUUCAACAGUCCACUCUCUGAUCCUCCAUCCUUCCGUCGUCACGAUGCCGAAACACCCUGCACCCCAGAAAUGGACCUUACCCCGACCCAGUGCGUCCUUCGCAACGUCCUCUCCAUACACACCGGAGGUGCUGUCGAGCCUGGGGGGGGAGGAGGAGAGGGGCAGACUGCUGCACACAACCAGACACCAGGCGAGGAACAACAGGAGCACUUUGCCAACAGUGUCCUGAAGCUCCAUGAGCAUGAUGGGAGUCCAGGAAGGACAGAGGGAGAGGGGCAGGAGAUGGACGGCAGUGCCGUCAGGAGCCAAGCGGGUGUCGCCAGGCUACAGUGCCAGUCUACCGGAGGGGGAGGAGGGUUUCUGGAGGGGUUGUUUGGGUGUCUGCGGCCUGUCUGGACUAUGAUUGGCAAAGCUUACUCCACAGAGCACAAACACGGCCUGGACGAGGCGUGGGAGAUCCCAUUCGAGGAGAUAUCUGACCUGCAGUGGGUGGGCAGCGGAGCACAGGGCGCCGUCUUUCUGGGCAAACUGUACGGACAGGAAGUGGCUGUUAAGAAAGUUCGGAACAUCAAAGAGACAGACAUCAAGCACCUGCGCAAGCUCAAACACCCCAACAUCAUCACUUUCAAAGGUAUUUGUACCCAGGCUCCAUGUUACUGUAUCAUCAUGGAGUACUGUGCCCAGGGACAGCUGUAUGAAGUGCUGAGAGCAGGCAGGCAGAUCCAUCCAUCCCUGCUCAUGGACUGGGCCAUGGGCAUCGCCGGGGGCAUGAACUAUCUUCACCUCCACAAGAUCAUCCACAGAGACCUCAAGUCACCAAACAUGCUGAUCACUUACGAUGACGCAGUGAAGAUUUCUGAUUUCGGCACGUCCAAGGAGCUCAUCGACAAGAGCACCAAGAUGUCCUUUGCUGGUACGGUGGCCUGGAUGGCUCCUGAAGUCAUACGCAACGAACCCGUCUCAGAGAAAGUGGAUAUUUGGUCAUUCGGUGUCGUGCUGUGGGAGAUGCUGACAGGGGAGGUGCCCUAUAAGGAUGUGGACUCAUCCGCCAUCAUCUGGGGAGUGGGCAACAACAGUUUAAAUCUGCCUGUACCUGAGAGCUGCCCAGACAGCUUCAAACUGCUCCUGAGGCAAUGCUGGAACUGCAAGCCAAGAAACAGGCCUUCCUUCCGACAGAUUCUCCUGCAUCUUGACAUCGCCUCAGCAGAUAUACUAUCGACUCCACAAGAAUCCUACUUUCAGUCUCAGGUGGAGUGGAGGGAUGAGGUGAGGCACCACUUUGAGAAGAUCAAGUCCGAGGGGACGUGUCUUCACAGGCUGGACGAGGAGCUGAUCAAAAGACGCAGAGAAGAACUCAGACAUGCACUGGACAUCCGGGAGCACUACGAGAGGAAACUGGAGAGAGCCAACAAUCUCUACAUGGAGCUCAAUGCCAUCAUGCUGCAGCUGGAGAUCAAAGAGAAAGAACUGCACAAGAGGGAGCAUUCACUGGACAAGAAGAACCCAGGCUGCUUUAAUAAGCACCAAAGCUCCAGACAGUCGGCCUCCUCCAACUCGAUGGAGAAGCUCAUGAAGAAACGCAACGUACCUCAGAAGCUGCCUUCACACAGCAAGAGGCCAGACUUACUAAAGUCAGAGGUCAUCCUCCCCAAACUGGACUCUUCCAUGACCCAGGUCACAAUCCCCAACAAGGGCUCUACCUCCCCUGGCCGCUCACGCCGAGGAAAACCCCGCUACAGGAAGGCUGGUAAAGGCAGCAGUGGGGACUUGGCUCAGCUGAAAGCCACUCUCUCCUCUUCAUUAGCCAUGGUCAACACCACCUCAUCUGUUCCCAGCAGCAAGCAGCAUUUAGACCCAAGUGCAGCCCUCAGAGGCCUGCAGCACGAUCUGCUGCUCAAGAAGAUGUACUCCUCGAGCCCGGAUCUCAUUUCAACCACCUUGGAGGCUGAAGGCCGGAGGAAGGAGCAGGUCAGGCCGGGGCUGGACAGAGCGGGUAGCCAGAGCGCAUCAGCCGGGCUGGGGGAGAGUAGAAGGACUGAAGGACCCGAGGAGGGGCCAGAUGUGAAUGUAGGGACAGAUGACCUGGUUGAAACACCUCCACGCAGUGACACGCCCAGCGAGGACGCAGCUUCUAUCCCCUUCUCCAGCAGCCCCGACUCACCAUGCGGCAGGGGAGCCGCUGCAGGGAGGGCGUCCGUGCUCGGAAACCCCCGUGUUUCCCACGAGGGUGAGGAGAAGGAGGACGGGGUGGUCAUCACACGCUCGCCCAGAAGUCAACGCCUCACUCCCGCUGCACUGCUCUACAGGGCAGCAGUCACACGCAGUCAGAGACGUGGAGUGUCGUCAGAGGAAGAGGAAGGAGAGGUGGACAGCGAAGUGGAGUUGCCAAGGAGACGGCGUCCCGCGAGCAUGAGCAAGUGCCAGUCCCUGUCCACCUUCAGCUCAGAGAACUUGUCGGUGUCGGACGGCGAGGAGGGAAACACCACCGACCACUCCCACAGCGGCACACCGGACGUGGUCAGCACCAACACCGACGAGCGUCUCGACGACAAGAGCGACGACCUGCUGUCUCAGGGCUCGGAGAUUCCCGCUGACCCGUCUGAGUCAACCCAGCUGGGCUCUGACGGGUUGUCUGAGAAGGAAGCUAUUCUUCAGCAAGUCAAGACGCAGCUCGCUAGUAACGAUCACAAUUAUGAGGGCCUGUGUGAUGACUCGGACUGCGACAGUGCAGAGCUGGACCAUUCAGGCAGUGCAGAGCCCAGCCAACCUCCAGCCACCUGGUGAAAAUCUGACACCUCAACCCACUCAAACUCCUGCAGAUCUGGCCUGCAAAUGCCUCGUUUACUCCAACAGACCUUCAAAUGCAAAGAGACAUGAUCAGGGACAUUGCAGUGAGGCAGGAAACGAGGCGGUUCUCUGUCAUCACGAGCAGCAAGACAAAACAAACCCUUGGUGAGUGU